AUUUGUUUAGGGUUGAAUGUGGCAGUGCGGCGCCUUGUGAGUGCUAUAUAUAAUGAAGAGUGUUUGCGAAACCCUCGUUCAUAGUUCUUCUCUAACUCUCUCACUGUAGCACUGCUGUUGAAGCUGCAAACGAUGUCGCAUCGGAAGUUCGAGCACCCGAGGCACGGUUCCCUUGGAUUUCUUCCAAGGAAGCGAGCUUCUCGUCAUCGUGGAAAGGUGAAGUCUUUCCCAAAAGACAAUCCUAAUCAACCAUGCAGGUUGACUGCCUUUGUGGGCUACAAGGCUGGAAUGACCCACAUUGUCAGAGAAGUUGAGAAACCCGGAUCAAAACUUCAUAAGAAAGAAACAUGUGAAGCUGUCACUAUAAUUGAAACUCCUCCGUUGGUUGUUGUUGGAGUUGUGGGAUAUGUGAAGACACCACGUGGCCUUCGUACACUGAAUACUGUUUGGGCUCAGCAUCUAAGUGAAGAAGUCAAGAGACGAUUUUAUAAGAAUUGGUGCAAAUCUAAAAAGAAGGCUUUUACCAAAUAUACAAAGAAGUAUGAAACGGAGGAAGGAAAGAAAGAUGUUGAAUCUCAGCUUGAGAAAUUGAAGAAGUAUUCAACUGUCAUUCGUGUUCUUGCUCAUACUCAGAUAAGGAAGUUGAGGGGUCUGAAACAGAAGAAAGCACAUUUGAUGGAGAUCCAAGUUAAUGGUGGAACAGUAGCACAGAAGGUGGACUACGCAUACAGCUUCUUUGAGAAGCAAAUCCCAGUGGAUGCAGUUUUUCAGAAAGAUGAGAUGAUUGAUAUCAUUGGUGUGACUAAGGGUAAGGGUUAUGAAGGUGUGGUGACUCGUUGGGGUGUUACUCGACUACCUCGCAAGACUCACAGAGGUCUUAGGAAGGUUGCUUGUAUUGGUGCCUGGCACCCUGCCCGUGUUUCUUUCACUGUUGCCAGGGCUGGUCAGAAUGGUUAUCAUCAUCGAACUGAGUUGAAUAAGAAGAUCUACAAAGUUGCCAAGACUGGCCAAGAGUCACAUGCUGCCAUCACUGAAUUUGACAGGACUGAGAAGGAUAUUACCCCAAUGGGUGGGUUCCCACAUUAUGGUGUGGUGAAGGAUGAUUACAUUAUGGUGAAGGGAUGCUGUGUUGGACCCAAGAAGAGGGUUCUCACUCUUCGUCAGUCCCUUCUCAAACAGACAUCUCGGGUUGCUCUGGAAGAGAUCAAACUCAAGUUCAUAGACACCUCUUCCAAGUUUGGACAUGGACGAUUCCAGACCACUCAGGAGAAACAAAAGUUUUAUGGUCGAUUGAAGGCAUAAAAAUCUUCAUUUUACUGUAUUAGUCUCAACAAUUUUUGCAGCAAACGAAUAUUGUAUUUUUUUUAUAUAUUUUCUUUUAAAAUUUCAAUAUUGUUAAGAUAACUUCUGUUUAUCUAUUAAUCGAUUCAGCUUAUUAUUUGCCA